UUUUAUGAAGACACAAUGUUUCUUGUACCUGGUUUGGCACUGUUUUUAAUUACUGUUAUUGCUUUUAACGGCCAUGUUCAAGUUUUUAAGCCUAAGAUCGAUGUUCGAAUCGUUGGUGGUCAGGCCACUACCAUCGAAGAACACCCACAUCAAGUUUCAAUUAUUUACAUUGAUAGUCACUACUGUGGUGGUUCCAUUAUCCACACUCGUUUUAUUUUAACUGCUGCUCAUUGCACCUACCAACUUUCAGCUGAAGAGUUGCUAGUUCGCGCCGGAUCCACCAUGGUAAACUCUGGCGGACAAGUCCGGGAAGUUGCCCAGAUUUUCCAACACAAAGAAUUUGAUAUUGAUACUUACGACUAUGAUAUUUCGCUACUAAAAUUAGGCGAGAAUUUGGUUUUAGGGAGUGGAGUUGCAGUGAUUUCGCUCUCUGAGGAUAGUACUGUUCCUGGAGACCUGUUGGGAACAGCUACUGGAUGGGGGAGACUUUCAGAAAAUGGCCCCCUUCCUGUAGAGCUGCAAGAAGUUGAUUUGCCCACUAUUCAAGAUGAUCUUUGUGAAUUGAUUUACGGAGAUAGAUUAACCGAAAGAAUGUUUUGUGCGGGUUAUCCCAAAGGACAAAAGGACACAUGCCAGGGCGAUUCGGGAGGACCAUACGAGUAUAAUCAAGUGUUAUUAGGAAUCACGUCAUGGGGAGAAGGUUGUGGUGCCGCAAACAGUCCAGGAGUUUACACCAAAGUUUCUUAUUUUAUACAAUAUAUAAAUGACAUUGUAAAAAAUAACGAUAACAAAAGAGUCUCUUACGAAAUGUAUCAAUCGAAACCACUAUAUAAACGCAGAAUUUUUAACUUUCUUUUAAAACCAACAAUGCUUCCAAUAAUAAUCCUAAGUCUUGUACUCACCGUUAAUGGUGCCCCAAAAUUUGAUGGCAGAAUCGUCGGUGGAAGAUCAACAACCAUAGAAGAAUACCCUUAUCAAGUCUCUUUACAUUAUUAUGGAUUCCACAUUUGUGGCGGUUCAAUUAUUAGUCCUGAUUAUGUCAUAACAGCGGCUCACUGCACUAAUGGAAAUUUUGAUAUGGCACUAACUAUUAGAGCUGGCUCUAGCGCUCCGAAUAAAGGUGGUCAAGAAAUAACGGUGAAGAAAGUGUACCAGAACCCACGCUUCACUGUUGAAACUAUGGAUUAUGACAUUUCUAUUUUGCAUCUUUACAACUCGAUAGAAUUUAGUUUAUCUGCGCUACCAAUUGGGUUAGCUCCAAGUAACUACAAAAUAUCUCUCGGAACUAAUGUCACAGUGACCGGUUGGGGCAUGUUAACUGAAGAGGGCGAAAGCCCGGACCAAUUGCAAGUCGUCGAAAUUCCAUAUAUUACAAAUGAAAAGUGCCAAAAAGCAUACGAAAAAGAGGAGAUGACAAUUAGUAAACGAAUGCUUUGUGCUCAAGCCGAAUUCGGUGGCAAAGACUCGUGUCAGGGUGAUUCCGGUGGUCCUUUAGUCGCCGACGGCCUCCUCGUCGGGAUUGUGUCCUGGGGAUUUGGCUGUGCUCGCCCCGAGUACCCCGGGGUCUAUUCCCGCAUCUCCGAGCUGCGCGAUUUCAUCAAAAACGUAACCCAAUUAUAAUCUCAAUACUUUAUUGUAAACAAAAUAAUUGUUUAACAUUAAAUGUGCGAUUUA